AUGUAUCCAAAUCACGAAUACCUGAAGGAAUUUGGAAUUACCGAAGAUGAUUUUAAGGGAAUGUGCGUUAUGAGCAGUUGGGCGGUCUGCGGGCAAAGACCCAGGCACGGUGAUAAUGAGAAUGGUGAACAUGAGGAAAACGAUGAUGGAGGUGAGGGGAAGGAACAUGACCACGAGCAUUAUGAUUUUGAUGAUACAAAACUGCACUAUUCUGGCCUAGAUCAUUGCGCGCGUGAAAAUUUGGGAUAUAAGUGUAAACGAAUAUUGGAUUUCGGUCGGUACAGAUACCUGCAAGACAAUGGGUUUGAGGUUGAAUUAAUUUAUUACGUUGAACCGCACACAUCUUUAGAAAAUUUGGCAUUGAUGGCCGUUCCCACAAAUGUUUAA